UCACUGUCUUUGUGGUAGGUGAAAUCAGUCUGGAGGGCAUGGUGGUGCACAGAGCUGAAUGCAGGCCGGUCGUCAAUGACAACUACAUGAAGCUGAAGAAACUGCAGAUUCAAGAGUCCACCAAGCCUCAGCGUUUGUCACAGCAGCUGGAGAAAGCCAUCACUACCGUCUUCAAGCCUGUGGCCAACCACGAUUUCAAUGUGGAGUAUGAGAAGAAGAAGAAGUCGGACGGGAAGAUGGUGAGGGCUGAGCGACAGGUCGUGCUCGACAUGCUCUUCUCUGCCUUUGAGAAACACCAGUAUUACAACAUUAAGGACCUGGUGGACAUCACCAAACAACCUGUGACCUACCUGAAAGAAAUCAUGAGGGAAAUUGGGACGUACAACAGCAAGGGAGCUCAUAAAAGCACCUGGGAACUGAAGUCAGAGUACCGACACUACCAGUCUGCCGAGGAAGAGGAGGAGAUGCAGACCGCCUAGUUCCAGCGAGUUCCUCGAGCCUGUUCACUGAUGUCGGUCUCAUCUCACAGGAAAGAACAGAGCUACAACCUGAGAUCUCAGCUGGGUCAUAUUUGUUAAUAUCUAGUGAAUUCCUGAAUGUAGAAAAAGGAAAUGCACAUAUGCAGGUAGCAUGUGAUGUUUGAGUUUAAACUGCAUUAACCAGCAACAUAAAUAAACAGAUUGUUCCUCCCCUUUCA